AUGAAUGCCCGCUUCAAGAACCUAGUCGGUUCGAAACGCAAGAGUUCCUCGCACAACGCCUCGCCCAGCGCCCAGGGCGGAAGCACGCCCACAGGCUCGAACCGACCGACGUCGCUGUCGCCCCAGGCCAGCAACUCGAGCAGCUCCUCGCUCCCCAUGAACCCCCAGCAGACGGGCCUGGGCCGCCCGCCCUCGUACACGUUCGCGCCCCAGAGCGGCCUUGGGCCGGGCCAGCAGCAGCAGCAGCCGCAACACGGCCGCCCGACCAGCCCGCUGCCGCCCAUCAACACAGGCGCGCCCGGCUACCCCACACACGCACCGCACCCCGCGCACCCUCCGCACCCUCCGCACCCCCAGCACCCCCAGCAGCAGCCCGUGGGCUAUCCUCCCCAGCCCGGCCCGCCAGGCUACCCGCCCCAGCCCCCGCCGGGCCAGUACGGCGCUGGCUACGGCGCCCCUCCGCCGCCCGUCCCCGCCGCCCACGGCCCGCCUGCAGUCUACAACCGCCCGGGCAUGGCAGAGGUCGCCGGCGAGGGACGCUCCAAGGCCCAGCUGAUUGUCGGCAUUGACUUUGGCACCACCUUCUCCGGCGUCGCCUUCGCCUUCGCAACAAACACCGAGGCCAAGGAGGACAUCAUCACCGAGUGGCCCGGCGCUGGCAACCAGACCAAGCAAAAGAUCCCUACCGUCCUCUACUACGACCAGUACCAGAAGGUCGUCGGCUGGGGCCCCGACAUUGCCGACGCCCUCGCCCCCACCGGCUACCCCAAGCCCGGCGUGCAAAAGGUCGAGUGGUUCAAGCUGCAGCUCAUGCUGUCCGGCAACACGUACAUCGACCCCAUCAACCUGCCGCCCCUGCCCCCGGGCAAGUCGGAGAUCGAUGUCGCCGCAGACUACCUCUUCCACCUGCGCCAGGCCAUGCGCAACCAGCUGCAGAAGACGCUGGGCGAGGUCUUCAACCGCGAGGAGCGCAACAUCCGCUACUACCUGACCGUCCCCGCCAUCUGGAACGAUGCUGGCAAGGCCGCCACCCGUGCCGCCGCCAUCCAGGCCGGCUUCCUGCGCGACGAAAACGACAACAGGCUGACCCUCAUCACCGAGCCCGAGGCCGCCGCCAUGUUCUGCUCCAAGACCGGCCUGCUCAACCUCAAGAUGCACGAUGCCGUCCUGAUCGUCGAUUGCGGCGGUGGAACCGUCGACCUGAUCGCCUACGAGGUCGAGGAGGAGCAGCCCUUCUCCGUCGCAGAGUGCACCGCGGGCUCCGGCGACUCCUGCGGCUCUACCGCGCUCAACCGCAACUUCAGCAACAUCCUGCGCGCAAAGAUUCGAAAGAUGAAGCUGCCCGACGGCUCCAAGACGGCCGGCAAGGUCUACGCAAAGUGCAUCAUGGACUUUGAGAACAGGAUCAAGGCCGACUUCCGGAACAACGGCCAGAAGUGGGCCGUCGACGUCGGCAUCGAGGCCGAGUUCCCAGAAGCCGGUAUCGAGGAGGGCUACAUGACCUUCACCAACGAGGAGAUCCUGCAGUGCUUCGAGCCCGUGGUCAACCGCAUCUUGGAGCUGGUGAGGAACCAGAUCAUCGCCAUCCAGGCACAGAACAGAGCGCUACAGAACGUCCUUGUCGUUGGCGGUUUCGGCGCGUCCGAGUACCUCUUCCAGCAGAUCAAGCUCCACGUGCCGCCCCAGUUCCAGUCCAAGGUCGUCCGCCCCAUGGACUCCGUCGCCGCCAUCGUCAAGGGCGCCGUCACCGCCGGUAUCACGGAGCGAAUCGUCACCCACCGUGUUGCUCGUCGCCACUACCUCAUGGCUACGCUCCAGCCGUUCAAGGAGGGCCACCACCCUGAACAGUACCGUGUGCCAUCGCUCGACGGCAAGGACCGCUGCAAGUACACGCGCCAGAUCUUUGUCCAGAAGGGGCAACGCGUCAAGAUUGGCGAGCCCGUCAAGGUCUCGUUCUUCAGACAAGUCGCCCCUGGAGCCACCCUCAUGUACGAAGACAUUCUGUACGCUUGCGACGACGACGUCUGCCCGGAGUACACCAAGGACCCUCGCAUCAAGGAAGUCGUCACCCUCACCUCGGACCUCUCGCGGAAGAACCUUGAAAAAGACUUUGAGCGCAUGGACACACCACAGGGAACCUUUUAUCGCGUCUACUUUGACAUCUACCUCACGCUCGACGGAUCCGAGUUCAACGCCGAGCUGGUCUGCCAGGGCGAAGUCAUGGGUCGCUGCACGUCAAGAUUCCGAUAA